AUUCGCAUCCACCACUCAUUAACCAACUCUUCUUCCCAGUCAUUCCGCAAAUUUGACUUGCCAAACCAAACUCAAGAUGCAAUCUGUCAUCCUCAUCGCUCUCUGCUGCAUUGCCAUCGCCUCCGCCGGCGUGGUCACCGUGUCACGUUGUGACGGACUCGGCACUCCUGUCCAAACCAGGAUUUCUGAUUGUGACGGAUACUGCCGAUUCCAGCCAGGAAAAAUCUACAAUUGCGAGCAGGACUUUAUGCCAAGUGCGGCCACUCCCGGACUCAACUUGAAAGUCGAAGUCUGCUUCAAUGGAGGAUUCUGCAUGCAAAUUAUCAACGCUGACCUUCCCAACUCAUCCGUCCAGCCUGGAUUCGUCUACACGGCGAAAUAUUCAGUUGUUCCCAACGACAUUCUCGCCGGUCAAACAGUUGAGAUGAGGGCCUAUAUAGCUCACGUUCCGGAAGGUCGUGUUGAUGUCUGUGUCUUCUGUAACGUCGACAUCUUGCCAGUGUUGUAAAUUUUUUUGAACAAGAUAAACAUACAAGAAUAAAGAUUUAAGAAAUAAUUGCCAAAA